CAACGAACCACCGAGGCUCAGCACAGUUACCGAACCCAGCCUGGAAACCUGAUUGUUUAUUUCACGAGGGUCUCGUCAUGUGGUCGAUUCUGAGCGUUGCCGCGGCGCUGUUUGCGGCGGCGGUUUCGGCCGUGAGCACGAGCGGGAAUCGGCUGCUGGUGGUGCUGGACGACGUUGCCGAGAAGGAGGCGUAUGGCCAGUUUCUGGGCGAUUUGACAGCGCGAGGAUAUCAGGUUUCGUAUGAGACGCCGCGGAGCGAGGGACUGACGCUGUUCCACCUGGGCGAGAGGACGUACGACCACUUGUUGUUUCUGCCGUCCAAGGUCAAGGGACUUGGACCCAACCUGACCCCAAACCGCCUCGUCGACUUCGUCAACGCCAAUGGAAACAUCCUCGUUGCGCUGUCCUCCAAGGUUCCCGCGUCCACUUCGCUCGUCUCCCUCCUCUCCGAGCUCGACAUCUCCCUGCCCGUCGAGCGCACCGGCACCGUCGUCGACCACUUCAACUACGACACCAUCUCCGCCGCCGAGUCCCACGACGUCCUCGUCCUUGAUGCGCCGUCCAACAUUCGCCCCGGCCUCAAGUCCUACUUUGAACUUCCGGGUGGCGUCCUGGCCUUCCCUCACGCCGUGGGACACGUCCUUGGUUCUGGCCCGCUGCUGACCCCCAUCGUUCGCGCUCCUGCUACUGCGUACAGCUAUAACCCCAAGGAGCAGGCCGAGGUCCUCGACGCUGAUGAGCUGUUCGCUGCGGGUCAGCAGCUGGCGCUGGUGUCGGUGAUGCAGGCGCGCAAUUCUGCGCGCGUGACUGUGCUCGGCUCGGCUGAGAUGCUGCAGGACAAGUGGCUGGAUGCCAAGGUGGCCAAGCUGGGUGGAAAGAGCACCAAGACGGAGAACAAGGAGUUUGCCCGACGGGUUGCCGGCUGGACAUUCCAGGAGAUUGGUGUCCUGCGCGUGAACAGCGUUGAGCACCACCUGCAGGGCUCUGAGGAGCUCAACCCUGGCAUCUACCGUGUUAAGAACGACGUGUCAUACACUAUCUCCCUGUCCGAGUACGUCUGGGACAAGUGGGUGCCCUUUGUCCUCCCCGAAGACGACCUUCUCCAGCUCGAGUUCUCCAUGCUCUCGCCCUUCCACCGCCUGAACCUGGAGCUUACGGGCACCACCGAUGACGCCGCCAUCUACGGCGUGUCCUUUACGCUUCCCGACCAGCACGGAAUCUUCAACUUCUUGGUUAACUACAAGCGCUCGCUCCUCACCAAUGUCGAAGAGAAGAAUACGGUUAGCGUCCGCCACUUUGCACACGACGAGUGGCCUCGCAGCUUCGUCAUCUCGGGCGCCUGGCCGUGGAUCUCGGGCAUUGGCGCGACGGUGACGGGCUUCCUGGGAUUCUGCGCGAUAUGGAUGUACAGCAAGCCCGUGGGAAAGAAGAACUGA